UAAGGCUUCUUACUGGGUCUGUUGUUGGCAUUAACUCCUUAUAAUCAGUCAGCAUGCUGUGUUUGGUUUCCAGCUGAGUAUUAGAGACAUUUCUGGCAGAGGCAGACACUCUUCUGUCAUCUGCUCACAGUUGUAGCUAGUUUGCUUCCAGACAUUAAACAAGGUCAGUGCAAGAGAGGAGCACAAGAAGUCUGCUGUAAAGGUGUGUUAAAUGUGAGGAACAUGGCCUGGGUUUGUGAGAAAAAGCAGCCAGGUGAAAAGAGUGGGUCCCAGCCUCAGAUCAUCAGUGGCUCCACAACUAAAAUCACCACCAUUCGUCUUCGGGACCUCUAUGAUCCAAAGCCUCAACCUCCCAAAGCUCCAGUGCGGAUUCGCCCCCCAGGUCCAAGACCUCCUUCAACUCAGCAGCUCAGUCCAAAGCACAGCCUCACCAUUGAUCCUCCAACAAAGACGGUCAUGAGGAGACGAGCUCAGUCUCUUCCUCUGUCUACAGGGAAGAAAAAGGAGCUCAGGAUCCAGCAGGUCCGUUUCGUGGACUCACUGGGACUUGAUUUAGAGGAAGUCAAGGUCUUUAAAACUCAAGAACACCCGCUGAUACCCCAACAUGUUAUGUUUAGACUGCUGAUGAGCUCAGAGCUUACUUUUGGGAAGUCUCUGGAGUUGUCCCUGCCUUACUUCAAACCUUGUUUUCCUGAGGACUUGAGAAACCAUCCUGACUUUGUGAGGAAACUCUGCACUCAGAGCGUGUGCCUGGAGCAGGUUCUGUGCUCAGAGCAGGGGAUAACGGGCACAAUACGAGUACUGAAUUUAGCAUAUGAGAAAAAGGUCACAGUGCACUAUUCUUUCACCAACUGGAGAACCCAAACAGAAGCAACAGCAUCAUGGCUGUCAGGGGGGAACCAUGUGGGUGGGGAUUGCAACACAGAGACGGAUAUCUUCAGAUUUUGUCUUCCUGUGCCACCCUUCCUUUUGCAGCCAGGGGCUGUUUUAGAAUUUGCAGUCUGCUACAAUGUAAAAGGAUUUAAGUACUGGGACAAUAACAGUGGAGAAAAUUACAAAAUGUCCUGCCACAGCUACAAGGUGACUGUGCCAAGAGAGUGUGAGGACAGCAUGCUGCAUUUCACCUGAACGUCCACAUGGGGGAGCUCUGACACACGUAAACAAGCAAAUUAUGGGAGGAGAAUGCUGCUUUGGAAGCCUGAAGAGGGCAUGCAUUAAAAUCCUUUUCUCUGCGAGAACAAGGCAGUGUUUUUUUGUUUUUUGUUUGUUUUUUUUUCAAAGAUUACAGCCUGUUAAUCUGGUUCAGUGA